AACGCUUGUUGUGUGCAUCUCCCAUAAUGCACUGCUGCACGCAGAGGGGGAAGUGCUUUCGCGGGAGAGCCAGCUAGUCCAUCCAGCUAGUUGAUCCUGUUUUAGCAACUUUUUCCACUAUUUUGAUAUUUUAAUGCAGAAGUGAUCCACCGUGCAUCGCGCAGGAUUUGUACAUCGGCUGUCUUGUGAGAGGGAUUGUUUGAAAGAAUACGUCAAGCGCUCUAAAGAGCGAAGUCUGGCCCCUCGUAGUCUACAGAGGUAGUUUCACAGCUGGGCUCUACGUCUGCAGAAGGUGUCCUUAUGGCCAGUGAGGAUUUCACAGGACAUCUCACUGGAGAUGCAGCUGUUUCAGAAGAGAAGCCAGAUGCAGUGGAGUUAUGCAAGCUGGACGCCACUGAACCAGGUGUAAACGAGCCAAACCCUCAAAACAGCCUGAUGGAGGGCCAUCAGAUGGAGCUGGAGGAAGUAGAGAUGCACCAAGAGGAGAUGGAGGAAGAUCUGGAUUUAGGACAACAACCAGAUGUGGACCAAGGAAACAGUCCAGAAAAGGGCAGUCCAUCCGACCAGGGUGAAGAAGAAGAGAACUGUGUACAGGAACACUGUGAACAGAAGGACGCUACAAAACUAGAGAAGAGCGAAGGCAAGAGCAACACAGAGGACACGGCACACAGUUCAGAGGAGCUUGUGAUUGCUAAAGUUGAAGACCUCACAAAUGAAAUGGCAAUAGAUGUGGACCAGACUGAGGUUCGUGAUGGGAAGAUGGAGGUAGAUAGACCAGGAGAUGCAGGAAAAUUGUUGGCUAAACCCAUAAAAAAGGAGAAAACUGAACCAUCUGCCAUGCAAACACAUCCAGUGUUAAAAACUGAAUUGAAACCACAAGUGGCCCAGCCUUCCAUCGCCGUUCCAGUGAAGGUGAAGGAUGAGCCAAUGGAUGAGGAGUAUGAGAAGGCGUCGGCAACUCUAGAAAACAUUAAAGAUGAGCCUGACACCGCAGCUGAGUUUAACCAGACACCUGAUGCAAUCAAGAUCAGCGCAGUGUUCUCUGUAGGAGGAAAUGCCACAUCCAUCGCUCCAGCAGUCGUUCCAGCAAAGGCGGCACCAGUCCCUACACUAUCCCUUCGUCCUCUGGCCCCUGCCAAUCCAAUUGGUGUGGUCUGCACAGGAUGUAACAAAGUCCUGCUAAAGGGACAGACGGCGUUCCAGCGGAAAGGCUGUCCCAAACUCUACUGCUCACCUCAGUGUCUCUGUAGCACCUCUACUAUGGUGGUCAAGAUACCUCAGAAGAAACAAUGUUACCACUGCCUCAAAGACAUUCUUGACCCAAAAGAUGUGGUCAAUGCGCCAGUGGACAUGUCAGGGACUUUGAAGGAGUUCUGCAGUCAGAAAUGCCUCAGCGCUUUAAACUUCAAGUGCAGUGUGUGUCAGAAGGCAGGAAUGACUUACACUCACGAAGUGAACUUCAUGGGCUCCAUCCAUAAGCUGUGCAGCGACAGCUGCUUCAACCAGUUCCGCUCCUCCAAUAAGCUAAACAUGAACAGCUGUGUGAACUGUGGUGGAUACUGCUAUGGCACAGACAGUCAGUGUCCAUCUCUGCAGAUAGAGGGCAGUGUUAUGAAGUUCUGCAAACAAAACUGCCUCACAGGCUUCAAAAAGAAGAGUCUGAAACCUGUCCCCUGCAAAAUUUGUCGUACCAUGCGCCCGGUGGCAGAAAUGGUGGAUAGUCCAAACACAGGGGGAAUUAGAGAGCUUUUCUGCUCCCCUUCCUGUGUUACAGCAAAUAAAGUUCAGACUGUCAGUUCUUCAGGUGCUCCAGUAGAAUGCAACAGCUGCAAGCUGAAACUAGUGCCUCAGUAUCAUCUAGCCAUGUCUGACGGAACCAUCCAGAACUUCUGCUCCUUUUCCUGUGUAGUGUCAUAUCAGGAGUCCUUCAGUAAGACGAAAACUAACAACCAGGUGAACAUGAUAACUUCUACAACCAACAACACAUCUACCCAAAAACCCGCUGCUCCCAAACUUGCUUCAACAGAGUCUAGCUCAUCAACAAAAACUAGCGCUCCCAGUGGUCCGGUGCAAACAGUCACCAAGAUCCCCUGCUCUCAGUGUCUGAACUCAUUCUACCACAAACCAGAGCUGCUGGAGUUCAAGAGGAAAAUGUACGCUUUCUGUGAUAACGCUUGUGUGGAGGAGUUCAAACAGAUCAACAACGUCAUGGCUCGCUGCGAAUACUGCAAGAUCGAUAAAGUUGUAAAGGAGGUGAAAAGGAUAAACAAGAUUGACCGCUCUUUCUGCAGUGAGGGGUGCAAGUUACUUUAUAAGCAUGACCUGGUCAAACGCUGGGGGAAGAAACACUGUCGCAACUGCUUCUACUGUAGUGGCUCCUCUCAGACUGUCAUCACUGAAGUUUUUGAUAAAAUAGAGGAGGAGUUCUGUGGGAACGUAUGCUUACAGCAACAUACCUUAUUAAUGCGUAAGGAAAUAAAGUGCUCCAUGUGCAGGCAGGCCAAGAAGAUGACCGAGACUGUGAAAUGGCUGGGUGAGAUUAAGCAUUUCUGCAGCUUGCAAUGCUUGAUGUUCUUUUGCAGUCUGCAGGGAAUCACUGGGCCAGUCAAAUCUUCAAGCAAACCUCUGACCACACAAGGGACAAGCCCAGCGCCGUCUCCAGCCCCUCAAAGUACAGUGAAUCGCACAUCACUGAUCACUAAAGAGGCCACACCGGUCAUUGCCAAUGUUAUAUCACUCUCAAGUGCAUCCAAUGGACAGCCAUGUGUAUUGGGAAAUAGCGUUCUGCAAGGCUCUGUUCCAGCUGCCACUGCAAAAAGUUCUGGAAAUACGGCCAGCACACAGACAGAUGGUGUGAAGGCUUCUGCUCCACCACCCCGAAUCCUGAAGAAUAAGGCCCUACUCUGUAAACCCUUUUGUCAGAACAAAGGCACAUCCUGUAAACCCAAUGUCUGUGACAUGAACACACAAACAGAUGGACCUUCUGUGAUAGUGCUUCCUGUGCCGGUGCCGGUCUAUGUUCCAGUUCCCAUGAAUCUCUACACACAAUACACUCCAAAGUCUGUGGGACUACCGCUACCGGUUCCAGUGCCCUUGUUCUUCCCCACCACUCUCGACAGCGCUGAGCGCAUCGUCAAGACCAUUCAGGAAAUCAAAGAGAAGAUCCCUGAUGACCCUCUGGAGGCUGACCUCAUCAUGAUGGCGGAGAUGGUGGCUGAGGAUACAGAGAGGGAGAAAUGCAUCACAUCUACUGAUCCGGCUGGAAAUAUAAUGGAGGACCUUGAUCUGGAAGCCCUAUCCAGCAAUCUGAGUUGGGAGGAGGACUCGUUGUCUUCUGCUCAGACAUGGGAUCAACCCACAGAGCCUGAAAGGCCACCUCCGUCCAGAUCUGCCACACAGACCCCCGUCUCUACCGCAGCAGAAGAGCCACAGAUGGACCUGGAGGCUGAUUUCCCAGUCGAGAGCAUUGAACUUUUCAGAGGGCAAGAACAAAAGGAGACGACAGAUUCUGGCAAGCGCAAACGCAAGAGAGGACGUGAUGGCCUCCCUCAGAAGAAACGGGGCCGUAAGAGUGCAGCAGUGGUUCCAGCCAAACCAGCUCCAGACAACUUCUCGAGCCUCUCCAAACUGCAACAUGAGUACGCCGUCAAUGCCUGGAAGGACUGGGUGCGCUGGAGGAACGCCCAACCCAACAUGGAGACUCCCAAAUUUGGCUCACGCAUUAUGACAAUAAAGGAGGACCUGUUGAAGUGUUGCACGGCUGAACUCAGCUACGGCCUCUGCAAGUUCAUAUCUGAAGUUCGUCGACCCAACGGAGAGAACUACAGCCCUGACAGCAUCUUUUACCUCUGCUUGGGCAUCCAGAAGUACCUGUUUGAGAACAAUCGGAUGGAGAACAUCUUCUCAGAUGUCUUCUACACCAAAUUCUGCAAUGAAAUGACCAGUAUACUCAAGGGAUGGAAACCAACUAUUUUGCCCAGUGGUUAUGUUCAUUCUCGUGUGGAGGAGGAGUAUCUGUGGGACUGUAAGCAGCUGGGAGCGUUUUCACCCGGUGUGCUGCUCAACACGUUGCUGUAUUUCUUCACCAAGUUCUUCAACUACAAGACUGUGGAGCAGCACCGUUGCCUCUCUUUUGGCCACAUCGUCCGCUGCUCUCGGAGCAAGGGCAGCACCAAAAUGGCCUGUUUGCGUUUCUAUCCCCCCAAAGAGGACUCAAGCUCUGAUGGCAUCCCUGCAAAGAAAAGAAAGGAAGAGGAUGACGACAAUGACACUAUAUAUGAGAUAAAGGAAAAUGCAGACAAUCCUCUCCGCUGUCCUGUCAGGCUGUACGAGUUCUAUAUCUCAAAAUGCUCACCCAGUGUGAGGCAAUGCACGACCCAAUUCUACCUGAGCCCCGAGCGCUCCUGCGUACCCAGCAGUCCCAUGUGGUUCUCAACCGCCUCGCUGAGCAAUGAGGCUCUGGACAGCAUGCUCACUCGCAUCCUUACUGUCAGAGAGCUGCACCUGGAGACGGACAAAACACCCAACGAGACCGAUUCAGACAGCGACUCUGACUUCAGACCGUGACGUUAAACUGAGUCUCGCACCAUAAGCGCACAUCAAAAUUGCAGAGUCAAGGAGGCGUCUGGGGGAAACAUUUCUCCUAGAUGGCUCUGUGUAAUUCUACAAGGCUGACAAAACCUGGAUGCCGUUAAAUGGGCCUUAAAGAUGUUAGUGAUUCCGACUUGGAAAGCAACUGUUUUGUCAUUGUAUUUUCCAUGUUUAAUUGGAUAGUAGUUAUGAGGCUGUACAGUCUUUUUUUCCUGAUUAAGUGUAUGAAAAACUAGAUUUGAAAAAGCAGCUGAUGUCAGUGAAACCAUUUUGAAAGGUGCAUAUGGUUGUAUGGAUUUCGGUUAGAGGACAAUGCUGAAUUUUAUGCAGUGCCACAUUAUACACAAGUGAUCUUUAAUGGGAUUACUGCACAUUCUCUGUAUUAUGAAACACUAAAGACAUGAACAGCAUCUUUGUACAACAGGCAUUAAAAACAGUGGCUGGCGUAUCUACCCUUUGUUCAUUUGGAGUAAACAUGAAUUUUAAGGGUUUUUUUUUUUUUUUUGCAACCUUACCAUUCCAGGGUUUAUUAAUUCCUGUACUAUGGACAAUACUGUAUUUCUUUGCAUAAAAAAGACAAUGAAACUGAAUCUGUGAGUCUUUCAUUUUGUGUUUCAACAUAUACUGGCUUUUAAGUUCUCUUCAUGAAGUUGACAUUUCAAAUAAAGAAUCGAUCAAAAUGGCAUGCAUUUUCUACAGAAA